AUGGCCUCAAGCGACGCUUUCAAGGUGUCUUCCCUGAAGGGAAAAGUGACUCUAAUCACAGGUGCCAGCUCCGGUAUCGGUGCAGGUACCUCUAUCUUGUUCGCCAAACUGGGAGCUGUUCUAGCUCUCAAUGGCAGAGAUUUGGAGAGUCUGAAAAAAGUGGCCAAGGAAUGCGCUGGAUGCGGUGCAGGAGUUGAGCCCUUGCUUGUGCCUGGCGACCUGACAGACGAAGACACCGUGAAGAGGACGGUGGAUGAAGUCAUUUCACGCUUCGGUCGACUUGAUGUCUUGGUGAACAGCGCUGGCAUCCUGGCCAUGGGCGGCAUCGAGACGUCAGACCUGGCGACGUACGACAGGGUCAUGAACAUCAACGUUAGAUCUGUGUACCACCUUACCCAACUCUGUGUGCCUCACCUUAUCAAGACUAAAGGCUCCAUUGUGAACGUAUCCAGUGUCAACGGACAGAGAUCGUUCCCUGGCGUCCUGGCCUAUUGUAUGUCCAAGUCUGCCAUUGACCAAUUCACCCGAUGCGUUGCUCUGGAACUGGCAUCAAAGCAAGUUCGAGUCAACUCUGUGUGUCCUGGUGUGAUUGUCACUGAAGUGCACAAGAGAGCAGGACUGGAUGAGGAGCAGUAUGCUAAGUUCUUGGAAAAGUGCAAGCAAACUCACGCACUGGGCAGACCUGGCGAAGUGGACGAAGUGGCCCACAGCAUCGCUUUCCUGGCAUCGGACGCUGCUACUUUCAUCACCGGCGUAAACCUCCCCAUCGACGGGGGCCGCCAUGCUAUGUGUCCACGAUAA